GAAUCCAUUGUAUUGAGAAGUUGUUAUGAAUAUAUAAAGGCUUGCGAGACCUCGAACUGUUUAGUCUGUCUACGCGGUCCCGUUGAACCGGUCGCGGCCUGAUUGACCCCCACUACCUUUGGCCGCUUUACUCCACCACUUCUCACCUUUAUCACACAUACAGCAUGAGGGCAGCCGUCGUUGUCGCAGCCCUUGCGGUUGUGACUUUGUGUCAAGCCGCGACACCACAAUUGCGGUUUGCAUGGAAACAGAUGGAUUUUACUUGGGAGUCGCCAGAAAUCCGAGCAAAUGCCAUCGCCGAAAAAAGUUUUAUACCUGAGAAUAACCUGCCCCUAGGGUUAGCACGUUGGAAGAACAAAGUUUUUGUUACCGUGCCAAGAUGGAAGGCGGGUGUUGCUUCUACUCUGAACUAUGUUGAUAUCGACGGGCCACAAGAUCAACUGCUGAAACCUUAUCCAUCUUUCAAAGAUAACUUUGUACCUGAUGAUGCAAAGGAGUUGCCUUCAAACAGCUCGUUGAUAUCAGUAUUCCGUGUGUUUGUGGACGAGUGUGACAGGCUCUGGGUCAUCGAUUCGGGAAUGGCCGAUAUUUUUGGAGCUGGAAAUCAAAUCAAUGGCCCAUCGAUUGUGAUAUUCGAUUUGAAGACUGAUCAACUGAUACAUCGCUAUCAAUGCAAGGCUGGCGAUAUGAAGGAAGACUCCUUUUUCGCUAACAUCAUAGUGGACGUUAACAAAGACACGUGCGAUGACGCAUACGCGUAUAUACCUGACUUGGGAGGCUACGGAGUAGUGGUGUACAGUCUCAAACAAGACGACUCUUGGCGCAUUUCCCAUCACUACUUCCAUUUCGAACCUCUGGCUGGCUCCUACAAUGUAAGCGGUAUCGAGUUCCAGUGGACUGACGGCGUGUUCGGAUUAGCUUUAUCCGAACCUAGAGAUGACGGGUAUAGGACAAUGUUCUUCCACGCAUUCUCCAGCACCAAGGAGUUCUGUGUCUCCACGGAGUUGCUACGCAAUUACAAGAGCAUCGACAAGAUCGAGGCAUUCCACGACUUCAAGUUAUUGGGUGAUAGAGGCGAGCGUACCCAAUCGGCUGCCAGUUACUACGACCCGAAGACACACGUACUAUUCUACACACAGGUGAACCGCGAUGGAGUGGCGUGCUGGAAUUCCAACAAGCCUUACACUCCCGAUAACAAUCCACUCAUCAUCAAUGAUCCGAAGUUAUUCGAGUUCCCUAAUGACUUGAAGGUGGAUGAUGAAGGUAUCCUGUGGGUUCUCUCAGACAAACUGGCGCGCUUCCUCUACAGAACCAUGGACCCCAACGAGAUAAACUACAGAAUAUUCAGCAUCAACACCACUGAGGCUGUCGAAGGAACUGCUUGUCAGUAACUUUAUAAUAUAUAGGCUUUAAGUUCUGUGACUCUUUGUGUUUGUAGUUCUUGUAGCCUAAGUAUAAGGCUUAUUUAUUUCUUACAUACUUAUACAUUUUUUGUGAACAACCCCCAGUGAUUUUUGGUAUAGAAGCCUUAAUUACGCAUUUUUUCUUUUAUUUGAAAUUAAUUUGGUGAAUUUUAAAAGGAUAACUUACGUACAGUUCAGGCUUGAAGACUACUCUAGAGUGUUAAACUGCGAACGAUUACAAAGAUGUUGUGUUCUUUGAGACGCUUUUAUAUGUUCUCGCAAAUAUGAAGUUUUUUCGCCUGAUCCUGUUAUUGUAACAAUCAACAGUUAUUUAUCUUUAUUCGCAGUAAGUAUACACUCCGUAUGUGUUGAUAGAUUGUUGUUUUAUGUGUAUCUCCUUCAACUUAUGUACUUUCGAGUAUAUUUUGAGAAUGACUGUUAUCGUAUUAUGAUAGUACCUACUUAUUGUUUACUGCAAUGUACUCAUAUUUUACUAACUGCAACGUUUGUUACUGAUAUUGUUUUGAGCACCUACCUAUGUAUGUAACUUUUAUUAGAAGGAUGAAUUGCAUUCACUACACAUACUACUAACAUUGUAUUAGUUCUAUCCAAAUGUUCUAUUGGUUACUUGUUUAUAUUGAAGUUGAUCUCAGCAGUAAUAAACAAAAGAAUAACGCUGUUGCAGCCAAUUAAUAAAGUGAUAUAAACUUUUAUAACAAAAAUAUCUAGCAACUUGACAUUAUGACGUCAGACGUUAUACAUGGUGUUUUAUUUGGAAACAUGCAAUCUGAUUAGUUGGACCACUUUUAAGCUAUGUAAAUGGUCGCUGGUUUUUCUCAAAUUUUGCUGUCUAUGUGUUCUCGAAGCUUUUACAAAAGUCUACACAACUUACUAAUUUCAAGACACUGAAAAAAAAAUAUUCCGUCCGUUGUCAUCAUUAUUGUAUUUCGACUGAAUGGACUUAGUAACAGACACGCUGUAUAUAAUAUGUUUAUCUUUUUUUGUAUUGUUUAUAUUAGUUCUAAGUAAGAUAAGAGUACAAAUUAUGUAACUCAUAAGGUCAUUAGUAAUAAACAAAUUAAAUAUAUGAA